AUGAACACAGUCUGCAUCACAAGUGUUAAGAAAUUGUGAGGUUCAGAAAAAAGUAUGAUUAUGGUGGAUAUUGGCAGCCGGAUGUGGCAGAUAGUGUAUUUUAGCACAUUCAUCUGAAAGGACUAACGAGAACUCGAUCAUCAUUUUAUAUUGGCUCUUUGCUUCGUUCACAAAAGCAAUAGAUGUUCGUUUUUUUUUAAAACAUACCACUAUUAGUUGAAUGGAUCCGCGUUUUCUUUUGAGCUUCAUGUAUACCACCGAUGCAUCGCAGGAGCCUUUCGCGAAAGUCUCUGUUCACAAACGCAGUUGACCUUACCAGCUCCGGGAUUGACGCUGCUUCAUCUCGUUCUUGCCUCAUUGACAUGGGCCGCUAGCAACAGAAAGAGGCGGUCGUAG